GCCCCGGGUGGCAGUUCCCGUUAACCUUAGCCUCAAAGUCAAAGAGGGGCAGCCAGUGCAAAGCCCGAGGCUUCUGAGCAGCAUGACCUGUACCCCAUCAUGUUCCAGGCAUGAGGAACCAUCAGGAAAUGUUCUAACAACUGGAGCAUUAACCAGCAAGACCGAGUCAGGGCACCGUGGGUCCCCCGGGAUGGAGAGCAGCCUGGCAGGUGCCAGCACAGGAGACCGGCUGGUGAUGAAGAUCAAGCAAGAGAAGCCAGAGUGGCUGCUGCAGACCCUGGCGCCGCCGGCCGCGCUUUCCAAGGACAAGGAAAACAUUUUCCAGCAGCCCCUGGGCCUCCCACCAUGCCAGGCUCUGGGGAAACCCCGAUCCUUGGGGGGACAGGAGGAGACUGGGCCUCCCAGGUGGACCCCUCCCACUGAGCAGGAUGCUGGGCUGGCAGCCCAGGUUCCGGGGGCAGCCCCUGCCCCCCUGAGCCCCGUUCUUUCUGCCAGCGAGGGUCAUUUCGUGUGCCUGGACUGCGGGAAGAGGUUCAGCUGGUGGUCGUCCCUGAAGAUCCACCAGCGCACCCACACGGGCGAGAAGCCUUACCUGUGCGGCAGCUGCGGCAAGAGCUUCAGCCAGAAGCCCAACCUGGCGCGCCACCAGCAGCAGCACACGGGCGAGCGGCCCUUCCGCUGCCCCGAGUGCGCCAGGCGCUUCAGCCAGAAGCAGCACCUGCUCAAACACCAGAAGACCCAUUCUCGGCCCGCCACCUACUCGUGCCCCGAGUGCGAGCGCUGCUUCCGCCACCAGGUGGGCCUCCGCAUCCACCAGCGCGCGCACGUCCGGGACCGCCAGGGCGCCCGCGCCAGGCUGUUCGAGCUGCUCCGGGAAUCUGCGGCCUGCGGGGGCUGUCGCCUGCGUCCGGGGCCGCCGCGGGGGCGCCCCGAGUGGGCCUGGCUGGGGCUCUUCCAGGGCUGGUGGCGCCAAGUGGGGGCCCAGACCGCCGCCGCUGCCACGGGGCCCGGCGAGCAGCGCCAGUUCAUCUGCAGCGAGUGCGGCAAGAGCUUCACGUGGUGGUCGUCGCUGAACAUCCACCGGCGCAUCCACACGGGCGAGCGGCCCUACCCGUGCCCCGAGUGCGGCCGCCGCUUCAGCCAGAAGCCCAACCUGACCCGGCACCUGCGCAACCACACGGGCGAGCGCCCGCACCCCUGCCCGCACUGCGGCCGCAGCUUCCGCCAGAAGCAGCACCUGCUCAAGCACCAGCGCACGCACCUGCCAGGCGCCCAGGCGGCGCGCUGCCCUGUCUGCGGCCAGAGCUGCCCCAGCCGCGCGGCGCUGCGGGCCCACCAGUGCGCACACACCGGCGCCGCCACUGCCAAGGUGCUGGGCCCCGAGUCUCAGGCCCAAGGCCCCCAGGGCCGGUCGGCCCCACCGCACAGCCUCCCAUCGGCCCGGCAACCCGCGGAUGUGCGGUGGUGCAGCGCGCAGGAGGACCUGGUCGGGCCCGGGGAGCCGCGCCAGUUCAUCUGCAACGAGUGCGGCAAGAGCUUCGCGUGGUGGUCGGCGCUCACCGUCCACCGGCGCAUCCACACGGGCGAGCGGCCUUACCCGUGCCCCGAGUGCGGCCGCCGCUUCAGCCAGAAGCCCAACCUGACGCGGCACCGGCGCAACCACACGGGCGAGCGGCCCUACCGGUGCGCCGCCUGCGGGCGCAGCUUCAGCCAGAAGCAGCACCUGCUCAAACACCAGCGCGUGCACCUGGAGACCCUGUCGCCCACCCCCAGCGUCAAGGUCGAAGCGCUUUAGUGCACCUGGACCGAGGGGGACUCGCGGGGGGAUGUUUGCGGGGGUGCCUGUGGGGAAUGGCCAGAAUGGUGGCUUUUAGAACCCCAGGGGCUAAGACCCUAUCACAAGGCUCUGAAGGCCUGAGAACAGAAUUCCAGAAGCAUCCCAAAGGGAGACCGAAAGAGGUCCCCAUAGGCUGAGGGAGGAGGUGGGAUCAGGCAUUCCUCACCCUGGAGCUGGGAUGUGUCCCUGACAGGUUGAGGGCCAACCCCGUAAACUUCCUCAGAGGUGGGACCCCAGCCCUCAGGCGCCAGGUGGGGGCCUGCUGGGGGCUGAGGGAGAGGCUCCCUGGUGUGAAAUGGCCGAGAUCUGGACUGGUCAGCUGUAGUGCCGCCUGCCACAUGCAGGCGAGGCAGGGGCAAGCAUAUUCCCAGUGCAAAGGCAAUGCCCAGCACUUAAUGGCCAUUCAAUACAUAGUUUUGGAAGGAGUGAAUGGUUCUAUGGUCCUGACCGUGAGGGCCCCACUGCGUAGGGUGCUGUUAUGGCCCGCCUGUCGCUAGGAUGGGGAUGUGUGAGACGGUCAGGGGCUGGGCACAAGGGGUGUGGUCUCAGCUGAGGUUUGGUGGCUUGGGAAGGGCCCUGCAGCAGGGAAGAGCCAAGCCUGCUGCUCCUACUCUGUGGGCCUGGGGCAUGCCCGAUGGCUGACUCGGCUCCUUAUCAUGGCGGUGUCACAGAGGAGAAAAAUGAAGGAUUGACCAUCUCA